AGAAACAAUAUGAUUAUCAAAUCUGAACUUUUUCCUCCAAUCAGGAAAUGAAUUUCCAUGCCAGAUUUUCCACUCUGGUAAUUAUUUCCAUUCUUGUAGCUAUGGCCUCCACACAUUUCAUUUCUCAAAACAUUUCAUUGCUUAAGAACCAUCUCAUUGAUCUGAGCCUCACCACCUUCUCAUCAACAACCACUGCUAUAAAACUUGGACCAAGCAAACUCCAUGGCCAUCUUCAUCGCCAUCGCCACCAUCGCCAAAAGGGUAGUGAAGCAUCGAUCUGUGAUGAUUUUCCACCUGAUUUCCCCCCUCCUGACACAAACACAACCUCAAUUAUUUGCGUCGAUCCAAACGGGUGCUGUAACUUUACCACAGUGCAAUCAGCACUUGAUGCGGUCAGGAAUCUCAGCCAAAAAAGAACCAUAAUAUGGAUCAACUCUGGCAUUUACUUUGAGAAGAUCAUUGUUCCAAGAACCAAACCAAAUAUAACAUUCCAAGGACAAGGGUACCUGUCAACCGCGAUUGCGUGGAACGACACUGCCAAUUCUUCCCAUGGCACCUUUUAUAGCGGCUCAGUUCAAGUUUUUGCAGCGAACUUUGUGGCCAACAACAUAAGUUUCAUGAAUAUAGCUCCAAUAGCGCGACCAGGCGAUGCUGGAGGACAGGCGGUGGCGAUUAGGAUAGCAGGAGACCAAGCGGCGUUUUGGGGUUGCGGUUUCUUUGGAGCACAAGACACACUUCAUGACGAUAGGGGUCGCCAUUACUUCAAAGAUUGCUAUAUUCAAGGUUCUAUCGACUUCAUCUUUGGCAAUGGGAGGUCCUUCUACGAGAGGUGCCAGAUGACUUCAAUCGCGAACCCAGUACCGGCAGGGCGGAAGCUGAUAAACGGAGCGGUAACGGCGCACGGGCGAAAUUCAACGGAUGAAAACAGCGGAUUUGUUUUCGUGAACUGCAGCAUUGGAGGGACAGGAAGGAUAUGGCUGGGCCGAGCUUGGAGACCCUUCUCUUCCGUCGUCUUUGCUUACUCCAACAUGACUGAUGUCAUUGCUCCUGAGGGAUGGAAUGACAUUAAUGACCCCACCAGAGACCAGACUGUUUUCUAUGGAGAAUACAUGUGCGGGGGUGCAGGAGCUGAUAUGACUUUGAGGGUGCCCUACGCCCAGAGACUCAACGACACUCAAGCUUCUCCUUUCUUGAACGUGUCUUUUGUUGAUGGAGAUCUUUGGUUGCAGCCAUACACAUCUGUUUCAGCCUUGCAAUCAUAAUGUAAUUAUUCAUUGUAUUGUUCGUUCAUUCUUUCAAUCUUUGAUUAUCCGAUCAUCGAUAAAAUACAUACAUACUUCUUUCGUCCCA